AUGAUGAAACCCAACAAAGAAGAAGUCCACAUUCAUCCCAGCCAACACACAAGUGGAGACCUGGCAGAGCGGCAUGCCAGUGUGCUGCUGGCCAAGAAUCCACAGGAAUUGGAAGCGGCCUACGACAAAUGGGCUUCGAAAUACGAUGAAGAUCUGAAAUUGAUCAGUGGAUUCGAUGGGCUGACGGAAACGGGUCUUCCAGCCGUCAAAGUGCUACUACGGCACUUUCCCACACUGAAUAAUCAAACAAUGGAUAUCUUGGACUUUGGAUGUGGGACGGGCCAUGCCGGUCUCUUUUUGUCGCGACAAUUUUCAAACGAAUACAUGCAUAGUCAUUUGGAUGGCUGUGACUUGAGUCAAGGUAUGCUCGACCAAUCUGUCAAGCGAGGUUGCUACCGAAACCUCAUUAAGGCCGAUGCCGACGACUGUCACUGUGAGGUGGAAUAUUACGAUGUUGUUUUGGCUGCUGGCGUGUUUGCACCUGGUCAAGCUCCGCCCUCUUCGUUUGAUCAGUUCUUGCGUCUCCUCAAGCCUGGAGGUCAUGCAAUAUUUACCAUUCGUGUCGGUUACUACGAUUCAGUGGAAGGAGCCAAUCACAAGAAACAUCUGGAAUUUUUGGUGGAACAAGGACAGUGGGAAAUGGUCGCCAAGACAGAGGAACCCUAUCUCCCGAGAGAAGGAGUGACGGCCUAUGUCUUUGUGAUGAGGAAGCCGUGA